ACUGCCCAGUGUUCCGGUGGAACCCGGAGCACUUUUCAGCGCGCGGAGCUUUAUCCAGCUGUGCGCGCGUCUGCUCCGAGUUUUCCUUCAUACACACACACAGCUGCAGUUCGUCUGAGUGCUGAGUGGAUCUGACAAAAACACUAUCUUGAGGCUCUGCUGUGUGCGAGAAAACAUGAUGGCAUGCCCUGUAGCGUGCCCUUCCAGUGGCGUAAACAUGAUGCAGUGUCCUGUAGACUUUGCUACUUGCAAGAAAACAUGGUUGGAGUGAGCGUGGAUCAGGAUGAGUGACCAGUUUAGUUGUGAGAACUGUAAGGAGUGUCUAUACGGGAGGAAGUACAUCCAGGUGGACGACGUCCCUCACUGUGUCCCCUGCUACGAUCGUCUCUAUGCCAACAUAUGCCAGGGCUGCAAAGAGCUCAUCGGACACAACUCACGGGAAUUGUACUACGAUGACCACCACUACCACGAGGAGUGUUUCCGCUGCUCCCGCUGCAAUCGCUCGCUGGCUGAUGAACCUUUCACCUGCCAGGACGAAGCUCUUCUGUGUAACGACUGCUACUGUAGCGAGUUCUCCUGCAAAUGUGUGGCCUGCAACAAGACCUUCAUGCCAGGAUCGAGGAAGCUGGAGUACGGUGGUUCUACCUGGCAUGAGGAGUGUUUUGUGUGUUGUGCGUGCCACCAGUCUCUGGGCUCGCAGUCUUUUAUCCCCGAUAAGGACGAGUAUUACUGCGUGCCCUGCUACGAGAGACGCUUUGCCCCCCGCUGCAGCCAGUGCAAACAGAUCUUGCUGCAAGGCGGGGUGACAUACCGGGACGAGCCGUGGCACAGGGAAUGCUUCCUGUGCUCAGGCUGUAAGAUGCAGUUGGCUGGUCAGCCCUUCACCUCUCAGGGGGACAAACCUUACUGCGUUAAGUGCUUCAGCUGCCUGUAUGCUCAGAAAUGCACCGCCUGCAACAACGCCAUCACAGGUUUCGGCGAUGGGAAGUACGUUUCUUUUGAAGACCGUCAGUGGCAUCAGUCAUGCUUUAAGUGCUCCGGAUGCUCCAUCUCUCUGGUUGGAGCCGGAUUUUUCCCCAGUGGCUCAAAGAUCCUGUGCAAAGACUGCAACAACUGAAGCACAAAUUGUGUGUGUGUGUGUGUGUGUGUGUGUGUGUGUGUGUGUGUGUGUGUGUGUGUGUGUGUGUGUGUAACACUGAUCCAGGAUCAGGUGUUCGAGAUACAGCCAGGUGAAUGCUGACAUUCUUAAUUUUUUUAAUCAGCUUUGCUUUUUAAAAUGUUUUAAGUCAUAUAAUUGUGUGUGUGUGUGUGUGUGUGUGAGAGAGAGAAAUGUGCUUAUUAUUACAAAGCAGUUUUUGUGUAGAAUAACUCAUUCACAAUAUAAUAAUCAGUAACAAUGACAUCACACUUUUUUUUUUUAACAAAAAGAAGAGUAAAAUUAUAUGCCAUGUAACACCGAUGAUUUUUUUUCUGAAUAUU